AUGGAAGGACGGGUGUUGUCAAGCAGUCGGUGUGGAAGGGGAAGUCAAGAUCUUACUCACAGGACUGUUGCCCAGCACCUGUCAAGCAGUGGGGAGACAUAUCUUAGUGAAGAGGAAACUGUCACACAGCUAAGUGAAGAGGAAACCGUCACACAGCUUAGUGAAGAGGAAACUGUCACACAGCUUAGUGAAGAAGAAACUGUCACACAGCAUAGUGAAGAGGAAACUGUCCUACAGCUUAGUGAAGAGGAAACUGGCACAGAGCUUACAGAGCUUAGUGAAGAGGAAACCGUUACACAUCUUAGUGAAGAGGAAACCGUCACAGAGCUAAGUGAAGAGGAAACCGUCACACAGCUUAGUGAAGAGGAAACUGGCACAGAGCUAAGUGAAGAGGAAACCGUCACACAGCUUAGUGAAGAGGAAACUGGCACAGAGCUUAGUGAAGAGGAAACCCUUAGUGAAGAGGAAACUGGCACAGAGCUUAGUGAAGAGGAAACUGUCCUACAGCUUAGUGAAGAGGAAACUGUCACACAGCUAAGUGAAGAGGAAACCGUCACACAGCUUAGUGAAGAGGAAACUGGCACAGAGCUUAGUGAAGAGGAAACUGCCCUACAGCUUAAGCUUAGAGAAGAGGAAACUGCCCUACAGCUUAGUGAAGUGGAAACUGUUACACAGCUAAGUGAAGUGGAAACUGUUACACAGCUAAGUGAAGAGGAAACCGUCACACAGCUUAGUGAAGAGGAAACUGUCAUACAGCUUAGUGAAGAGGAUACCGUUACAAAGCUUAUUGAAGAGGAAACCGUUACACAGCUUACUGAAGUGAAAACUGUCACACAGCUUAGUGAAGAGGAUACCGUUACACAUCUUAGUGAAGAGGAAACCGUCACAGAGCUAAGUAAAGAGGAAACCGUCACACAGCUUAGUGAAGAGGAAACUGGCACAGAGCUAAGUGAAGAGGAAACCGUCACACAGCUUAGUGAAGAGGAAACUGGCACAGAGCUUAGUGAAGAGGAAACUGUCCUACAGCUUAGUGAAGAGGAAACCGUCACACAGCUAAGUGAAGAGGAAACCGGCACAGAGCUUAGUGAAGAGGAAACUGUCAUACAGCUUAGUGAAGAGGAUACCGUUACAAAGCUUAUUGAAGAGGAAACCGUUACACAGCUUACUGAAGUGGAAACUGUCACAGAGCUUAGAGAAGAGGAAACUGUCCUACAGCUUAGUGAAGUGGAAACCCUUAGUGAAGAGGAAACUGGCACAGAGCUUAGUGAAGAGGAAACUGUCCUACAGCUUAGUGAAGUGGAAACCGUCACACAGCUAAGUGAAGAGGAAACCGGCACAGAGCUUAGUGAAGAGGAAACUGCCCUACAGCUUAGUGAAGUGGAAACUGUCACACAGCUAAGUGAAGUGGAAACUGUUACACAGCUAAGUGAAGAGGAAACCGUCACACAGCUUAGUGAAGAGGAAACUGUCAUACAGCUUAGUGAAGAGGAUACCGUUACAAAGCUUAUUGAAGAGGAAACCGUUACACAGCUUACUGAAGUGGAAACUGUCACACAGCUUAGUGAUGAGGAUACCGUUACACAUUUUAGUGAAGAGGAAACCGUCACACAGCUUAGAGAAGAGGAAACUGUCCUACAGCUUAGUGAAGUGGAAACCCUUAGUGAAGAGGAAACCGUUACACAUCUUAGUGAAGAGGAAACCGUCACACAGCUAAGUGAAGAGGAAACUGUCCUACAGCUUAGUGAAGAGGAAACUGUUACACAUCUUAGUGAAGAGGAAACUGUCACACAGCUAAGUGAAGAGAAAACUGUCCUACAGCUUAGUGAAGAGGAAACCGUUACACAUCUUAGUGAAGAGGAAACCGUCCUACAGCUAAGUGAAGAGGAAACUGUCCUACAGCUUAGUGAAGAGGAAACCGUUACACAUCUUAGUGAAGAGGAAACCGUUACACAUCUUAGUGAAGAGGAAACCGUUACACAUCUUAGUGAAGAGGAAACCGUCACACAGCUAAGUGAAGAGGAAACUGUCCUACAGCAUCUUGAAGAGAAAACUGUCACACAUCUUAGUGAUGAGAAAGCAAAGCAAAUAGAGAGAAGCAUAUUGAAAAUCACGUGUAGGAGGGCUGAUAUCAAGCAGCUGGAGAUGGGUUCUGGUCAUGAAUAUGCAUCUCAAACAAGUGGAGAAGGUGUCGUGAACCAUGUGUGGAGAGGGUGUCAAACAUCUGGAGAGAAGGUGCUGAGGGUGAAUAAUCUUCAGAGGCCUGCUACCCCUGAACCAGAAGAGAGCGUCCGGCCUGCCACCCCUGUCGAAGAUGAGACCCUGCAAGCCCCUGCAAGCCCUCGGAGCCUGGCCCCUCCGCCAAUACAAGAAGAAGACCUGCUGGUUGAUCCAACUCCGGAUGAUAACCUACAAUCGCCAGCUUCGAAGCAGAGAGAAUUCCACAAGAGGACCGUCACCCUUACUCCAGAGCAGGAGGAAGAAGUUAUGCACAUCCCCAAAGACAACCCGGCCAUGAAUGACACGAGGAAGGGCGGCUUCAGGCAGACGAAAAUCAAGCAGGUUCCUUGGUUGACCAUCUGCGUCAACGUCAGCUUGUUCAGAAGGUUCAGGAGGGGGAGACCAAGUGUACCAGUCUCCUAG